AUGAGACGGAUCGUGCUGCUCGCGGUCAGCUACUCGGUGGCCCGGGGCAGCGAGGUUGACGACGUGACUUUCGAGCCCGCCUACGGCUACUGGGAUGACGACUCUUACGGCUACAUGAUCGAUGACGGCUUCUGUGCGUGGCAGUGUGACCCAGAGUAUGUCAGUGAUGGGGAGUGUGACGAGAUGUGCAACGUGCCCGAGUGUGAAUUCGACGGCGUCGACUGCUUCCACGGCUACGGCGAGUGCUACACGCAGGCGGACGGGUCAGACUACCGCGGCGCUGUCAACGUGACUGAGGGGGGCCUCUCGUGCCAGGCUUGGUCGCAGCAGUGGCCGCAGCGGCACGACAGGAUCCACACCAAUUACCCACACGGGGGACUCGGCGGGCACAACUCGUGCCGCAACCCGGACGGCGAGACCGGGCCGUGGUGCUAUACCACCGACCCCAACGUCCGUUGGCAGCACUGCACGAUACCGCUGCCGCAAGGGACCUGCGCUGGCCACCACGCAGCGAACCGGACGGCGCCGCCCCCAAGGCCCGCGUCCGAUGCGGGAAGCGGCGAGCAGUCUUCUUCAGACAUGUACGACGACUACAACAUGGACUACCCCUACCCGCCGUGGGAGCUCUCAUACGACAUCUUUCCGGUCGUGUUUGCGCCCGAGGUCUCGUCGCCCAUCGAGCUCAACACGAUGAUUUCAGGGUCGGUCGAGGAGCACACGUACGUCUUCUACGAGGUCGAGAUCCCGCAGUCGGUGCAGGAGGUGAAGGUGGUGGUGGUGCCCGAGGAGGGCGACCCCGACCUGUACGUCUCCUUUGACAACCCCUUCCCCACCGGCGCAAACUACACCUUCCUCUCGGACAACUACGGCGUGGAGGAGUGGACGCUCGGGCGGUACAACUACCUCUUCUGCGGCGCCGCGGGGACCGAGGCGGCCUGCACGAUGUACCUCUCUAUCCUCGCGUACGACGAGCACUCCACCUUCUCGCUCGUCGUCUACGGCGUCGAGGAAGCCUCCGCAGACGACGCGCCAUCCACACUCUGCGCGCCGGGCUGCGAGUGGCUCUCGCUCGGCGACGGAACCUGCAACCAGCAGUGCGACGUGGAGGAGUGCUUCUUCGACAGGGGCGACUGCGCCUGCGACUCGGCCGAGAGCGCGGACUGCACCGACGGCUGCCCCGUCUCGUGCAAACCCGAGUGGAUCGGCGACCACUACUGCGACGAGGCGUGCUUCCGCGCCUCGUGCCAGUGGGACAAGCACGACUGCCUCAAGAAGGGUGAGACGCCAUGCGCAGACGACUGCCUCCCAACCUCGCUCGGCGACGGUGAGUGCGACGCCGCGUGCAACGUCGAGUCGUGCAACUUUGACAUCGACGACUGCUUCCACAAUAACAACGAGUGCUACGAGCGGCAAGACGGAGCCGACUACCGCGGCAAGGUGGCCACGACCGAGAGUGGCUACCCGUGCCAGCGGUGGUCGGACCAGUCGCCCCAACAGCACACGCGGACCGCCCAGCACUACCCUCGCUCCGGCCUCGGCGGGCACAACUUCUGCCGCAACCCAGACCGGGAGGAGCGGCCGUGGUGCUACGUGGCCGACAAGGACAGCGGCAAGCGCUGGGACUACUGCGCAAUCGGCGAGCCCUCGAACGCGAGGCUGAAGCGCAAGAGAGCGAUGAAAUCGGGCGGGUUCACGCAGUACGGUGGGCACGACGACGGUGUCCUGGGUACCGGCGUCGAGAUUAAACCCGUCGUGCCCGAGUCGGCUGCUGCGCCCGGCGCAUCGGCCUGA